CUGAAACAUAGCUUUAUGCAACACUACGUAGAAAAAUAGCAUACAACUAGCCAAAAUUUAUAGAGCCGACCAAGUAGCAAGAGAAGCACCAAUGUGAACGCUGGUGCGCAUGGAUCAGAGAACGGAGAAGGGACUACCGGUGCCAAAACUUGAAGAUAACGGCUUUAACAAUUGCAAACGCUUCUUGAAUACCGACGAAGCAGCAGAGGGAGGCUGGAAAGUGACCGGUUGUGUGAACUUGAAGGUGGCGUGGCUAGAGGUGACAAGGGCUGGAAUUUGGUUGUUGUUGGUGAUAAUGGAAAAGUCUCUACCUGAAGUGGUGGUAGGUAACACCGAGAGUGGUGCCACACAGAUUUGUGGUGGGAUGAAACUGGCUGGAGAAAAGAACUGCAACAGCCAUAAAGGAGAGGAGGAUGCUUUGGGGCAAGCGGCUCUUAGUGCAGGCAAAGGAUAUGCUGAUUGGUAAGCCUUGUGGAAUCACAGUUCGAGUGGAGAAUACCACCACUGUGUUUGGUGUGGAGGUGUUGAUGAUCACUUAAGAUUACAAAAAAUGUUUUGAAAAAUUAAUCAUAAAUUUAUGAAAUUUUU